AUGACAGAAUCUAAAAGAGCUACCACAGCUAACCCGAUGUAUGGCAGAGUGGCCGCACCUUCAUAUGCCGAAAAGGUGCGAUUAGCUUUUUGCACAGACACCGAUAAAUCAGUAAUAGUUAAUAACUGUGAAAAAAGAGGAUGGAUUCAAGUUAGCCCAGACGACGAUUGGAAUUUCUAUUGGUCCAGCAUUCAGACUCUGCGUUCUCUAUACAGUGUGGAUAGCGGAUACCGUCUUCAUGAUAAUCAAAUCAUAAACCAUUUUCCUAACCAUUACGAAAUAUCGCGGAAGGAUUUGCUUGUGAAGAACAUAAAACGUUACCGAAAGGAAUUGGAACGCGAAGGUUCUCCUCUUGCAGAAAAAGUGGAAGUCAAUACCCCAUGUUUUCCUUUGGGAACGCGAUAUUUGCAUUUGGAUUUCAUACCAGUCACUUUUGUCUUACCAGCAGAUUAUAAUAUGUUUGUUGAAGAAUACAGAAAAUCUCCUCAGAGUACCUGGAUUAUGAAACCAUGUGGUAAAUCACAGGGAGCUGGAAUAUUUCUCAUAAAUAAAUUAUCUAAAUUAAAAAAAUGGAGCAGAGAAGCCAGGACGCCAUUUCAUCAGCUCACAAAGGAAAGCUAUGUAAUAUCCAGGUACAUUGAUAAUCCUCUACUAAUUGGUGGUAAAAAGUUUGACUUGCGCCUGUACGUACUGGUGACCUCAUUUCGUCCCCUUAAAGCAUACCUUUUCCGAUUGGGUUUCUGUCGUUUCUGCACCGUAAAAUAUGACACCAGUGUCACCGAAUUGGAUAAUAUGUAUGUUCAUCUAACUAACGUUAGCGUCCAAAAACACGGAGGGGAAUACAAUACUAUGCACGGAGGAAAAUGGUCAGUUCAAAAUCUAAGAUUAUAUUUGGAAGCAACUCGAGGAAAAGCUGUUACUGAUAGAUUAUUUGGAACUAUAUCUUGGACUAUAACACAUUCUUUAAAAGCAGUUGCACCAGUUAUGGCCACAGACAGGCAUUGUUUUGAAUGCUAUGGAUAUGAUAUUAUAAUUGAUAACCAACUUAAGCCAUGGUUAAUAGAGGUCAAUGCGUCCCCUUCAUUAACAUCAACUACCGUCAAUGAUAGAAUUUUAAAAUACAAGUUGAUUGACAAUAUUAUGUCAGUAGUGUUACCCCCAGAUGGAAUACCAGAUGUCCGGUGGAAUAAAAUACCCAGUCCAGACAAGCUUGGUAAUUUUGAAUUAUUGAUUGAUGAGGAAUUAGCUGCAUUGGAAGCUUCCCAAGAAGCAACACCCAAUGUUAGGCAACGAAGUUCAAGAUGGAAAUAA